AUGGGAGAACCCGCAGAUGAAAAGGUUCAGCCGGUCUCUGAGUCGACAUGCUCUUCCUCAUCGGGCGGUUCUGAGAUGAAAGAGCCACAAAUUGAGAAUCAGAUAUUAUCGUACGAUAAUGAAGAGCUCUGCUAUGAUCAUGGCUGGAAGGCAUGGUCACAAGUUCUGGCGUCUUUCUUCCUCUUCUUCAAUACCUGGGGACUUGUGAUUGCAUAUGGCAGUUUUCAAACGUACUAUGAACAACAACUUCUUGUGGGCGAUUCCCCAUCGACAAUAUCAUGGAUCGGCUCCAUCCAGGCGUUUCUCUUGUUAUUCGUAGGUGCCGUAACGGGUCCUCUUUUCGAUGCUGGCUACACCCGAAUGCUGGUGAUAGGUGGCUGGUUUCUCUACUCACUCGGGCUCAUGACGACCAGUAUAUCCACUGAGCUGUGGCAGAUCAUGCUUUCGCAGGCCUUUUGCAUCGGCCUAGGAUGCGGAAUGGUCUUUGUUCCUUGUGUGGCGGUUCUUCCGCAGUAUUUUAAACGUCGACGAGCCCUGGCAAACGGAAUCGCAGCUUCGGGAACUGGCAUUGGCGGGAUGGUUUACACCGUAAUGUUCCGCCAGGUUCAAUUGAAACUCGGCUUUGCGUGGGCUACUCGGGUGUUAGGCUUUACCGCAUCCACCACGGGGCUGAUAUCACUGUCUCUGCUCCGUAUACGAUUCAAGCCACAGGAGAAGCGUGCUCUCGUGCAGCUUUCGGCAUUCAAGGAGCCGGUUUUCUGUCUCUUCUGCAUGGCCCAGUUCGUCGGUUUCGUUGGCCUCUAUAACGUGCUUGUCUACAUACAACCCUUCGCGAUUGAUAAUGGCAUAAUGAGCGAACAGUUGGCGUUUUACCUCGUUGCCAUUCUCAACGCAAGUUCAACAGUCGGGCGUAUCCUCCCUAACUACGUCGCCGAUUUCAUCGGCCCUCUGAAUAUCAUGAUUCCCAUGACCCUCGCCACUGGCAUCCUUGCUUUUGCGUGGGUUGGAAUACACAACGCGGCUGGCUUAAUUGCUCUAGUUGUAUUGUACGGAUUUACCGCGGCGGGGUUCGUCGCUGUGGCACCUAUUGCGGUUAUGAACAUAACAACUGAUAUGCGAGAUUUUGGCACGCGCUUGGGGAUGUCGUUUGUCUUUUGCGCUUCGGGCUCACUAAUGGGGACUCCGAUUGGUGGUGCUAUCGUGCAUCUCACGGGGAGCUAUGUGGGCGUAUCAGUGCUGGUGGGCAUCUGCUUUUUUGUCUCCACUGCGAUACUGAUGGCUGCUCGCAUCUUGCUUACUGGACCAAAACUUUUAGUCCAUGCCUGA